AUGACCCACUCCUGCUGCUCCCCUUGCUGCCAGCCUACCUGCUGCAGGACCACCUGCUCCCACCCAACUUGUGUGACCAGCUGCUGCCACCCUUCCUGCUGCAGCUCUCCCUGUUGCCAGCCCACCUGCUCUGAGUCCAGCUGCUGUGGACAAACCUGCAGAGGGUCCAGCUGCUGCAAACCUUGCUGCCCCUCAACUUGCUGUCAAACCACUUGCUGCAGGACCACCUGCUGCCAACCAACUUGUGUGACCAGCUGCUGCCGCCCUUCCUGCUGCAGCUCUCCCUGCUGCCAGCCCACCUGCUCUGAGUCCAGCUGCUGUGAACAAACCUGCAGUGGGUCCAGCUGCUGCCAGCCUUGCUCUUGCUCUGGACCCGUGUACUGCCGGAGAACCUGCUACCACCCCACCUGCGUCUGCCUGCCUGGGUGCCAAGCCCAGAGCUGCAGAUCCAGCUGCCGCCAGCCUUGCUGCUGCUGA